GCAGAGCGCACUUUACGCAACACUGUUCGUCCAGCGGGAGUGAGCGCGGAUUACAAUUGAUCUUAAAGGUGAUGACUUGGAGAUGACAGACUUUCCCUUAAAACAAUAUUGAAAAAAACAGUUAGGUAAAGGUUGAGUUGUGUACACUGUGAUGAAUAAUGCCAGCUUUCUCAUAAUAUUAAGGCGUCAAAAGAAGCUGGAGCUGAAGACGGAGAUAAGGAUGCGUUGAGAUAACAGGUGGCACUUUAUGGUUACAGUGUAUUUUUUAAGCCUUUGUGUCAGUUUUCCAGGAACGGGUUAGCGGCUACAUGCUCUCAAAAUCACUGCAGGAAUGUCCGCUUUCAAAACAUAAAGCGCACUUUUGUCCCAAAGGAAAAACAGCAUGGAGAAAGACUCAAGCAGAAAUCCGCUAUUCAUAAACUUUCCAGGUGAGCAAAGUGAUCAGCCCUAACUACCAAAAACGGUUCGAGAGUGAAGACAAGCUCAGAUGAAUGGACAGCAGGAUGUUUUCUGGUCAGGCUGGUCUGAAUUACAGCUUCAACCUGAGCGAUGACCGGGAGCUGAUGGACACACCGGCGGGCAGGGGGAAGCUCUCCCCGACGGGCUUCGUCGUGCUGUCCGUGGUGCUGGGCUUCAUCAUGACUUUUGGCUUCCUGAACAACUUCGUUGUGCUGCUUUUGUUUUGCAAAUUCAAAAAGCUGCGAACGCCGGUGAACAUGAUGCUGUUGAACAUCAGUGUCAGUGACAUGCUUGUGUGUUUGUUCGGCACCACUCUCAGUUUCGCUUCCAGUAUUCGGGGGAAGUGGCUGCUGGGGCGCAGCGGCUGCAGCUGGUACGGCUUCAUCAAUUCCUGCUUUGGUAUUGUUUCGCUAAUCUCUCUGGUGAUCCUCUCCUACGACCGCUACAGCACUCUGACUGUAUACAACAAGCGUGGGCCAGACUACCGCAAGCCCCUGCUGGCUGUCGGGGGCUCUUGGCUGUACUCCUUGUUCUGGACAGUGCCCCCUCUGCUGGGCUGGAGCAGCUACGGCAUAGAGGGAGCAGGAACCAGCUGCUCUGUCUCCUGGACGCUUCAGACAGCCCAGUCGCAUGCCUAUAUCAUCUGCCUCUUCAUUUUCUGUCUGGGUAUACCUGUCCUGGUGAUGAUCUACUGCUAUAGCAGGCUGUUACUGGCAGUCAAACAGGUGGGUAAGAUCCGAAAAACUGCAGCCCGAAGGAGAGAGUACCACAUACUUUUCAUGGUUUUGACCACAGCGGCCUGCUACAUGUUGUGCUGGAUGCCUUACGGUGUCGUGGCCAUGAUGGCAACAUUCGGCCCUCCCAACAUCAUUAGUCCUGUGGCCAGCGUGGUGCCCUCACUACUGGCCAAGAGCAGCACGGUCAUCAACCCUCUGAUCUAUAUACUAAUGAACAAACAGUUCUACAGGUGUUUCCUGAUUCUCUUUCACUGUGAUCACUGGUCAGCAGAGAGCGGCAUCCCCUCGAUGACCUCCAAGACCACGGUAAUCCAGCUAAACCGCAGAGUCUACAGCAACACGGUGGCCUGCACUGCCCAGACCUCCACUGAUGCUCUCAACCAGUGCGCCAGCACCCCAGCAUCCAAGCACACAACACCCCCAGAGACUCUGCACCGCUCAGACUGUAAAUGUUGCAGACUCUUAAAAGAAAAGACCUCAUCCUGAACCUAACUUUCAACGUGUAUAUAUUUAAAAUGUUAUAAUUUACGUCUGCAUGGUAUGAGUUUAUUUUAUGUAUUUUUAUGUCUGUGUUAUUGUAUGGUUUUGUUGCAUGUUUCUUUGUGCAUUAAAUUUAAAAUGUAUCAAUAAGAGACAAUAAUUUACACCCGUAUUGAAUUAAAGAGCUUCACCCUCUCUAGGAGUGAAUGGUCACAUCUGUAAUGUAAAAGUGAGAGCUCUGGAGCUUUUGGCCUUAAAAUGACAAUGAUAAUUAUGGCCAUGGAUGGGUAAAAGGAAGGAGAUAUGGGAUGACAAACGGGUCAUAUUUCACCUGUUUUUAGUUUCCCAUGCCAGGCAGGGAGAGGCCAGUCUGAUAGAAGAAAAUAAUAUAUACAGAUAUAUACAGCAUGAUCAGCUUAAGAGUAAUGGAGUUUCAAGAAUGUGACGGGUGAUGGGAACUCGUACCACGCCUAAGCACAUGGCUGUGAUGCAACACACUUAGAGAUAAUUUUAAGAUAUUUAAUGGUUUAAUGGUCUCUUCACCCACAAACUGACACAAACUGGUGAAAUGUAUUGGCCCUGAGUGAAAUGUUCACAGAGCAUCAUGAAGAUAUGAAGCACAUUUGAUGCGGACAGGACUUCAAGACUCAAGAUGCCGCUACUUUUCUCCGAAACAGCAAUGGCUGACCUUCUCACUGCGGGGUGCUGAUGAGACCCUGAUGAUGAGAGGCCAAAAUGAGCCUGGCCCGGAAACUGCCUUCAGUCAGUUCCAGCUGUGAAUGUGAAUGUGCAUUUGAUUGUUGGUUUUAACUGUUUUAAUAAAUAUCAUUGCUGUGGAAGAGAA